AGGAUGGUGAAUGGCAAAUCGCUAUCUCUCUUCUUCACAAGAUGUUCCUGGCAAAGGUCUUCCCGGAUGUGGUGAGCUACAACGCUUGCCUGGGUGUUCUUGAAACCGCUGGUAGUUGGAACCACGCAUUGGCGUUGAUGAAGCGCAUGGAGAAGAUGGCCAUUCUGCCAAACGUCAGGAGCUACAACGCAACUAUGAGAUCCUGCGAAAGUCGCCAGGCAUGGGAAAUCGCCCUUGGUUUGUUCCAACAGAUGCUCCUGGCAGAGAUCUUCCCUGAUGAGCUCUCCUACAACGCGGUCAUGGGAUGUUUCAGGGAAGCAGAGAAAUGGCAUCAGGCUUGGAGUUUGUUGGACGCCAUGCCGCAGAUCAGCCUCUAUAGCUCCAAUGCUGCUUUGGCGGCGACCGCAAAGCCUGGAGAAUGGCAACUCGCCAUGCAGAUCUUAAAGAAAAUGCGGCAGAGAAGGAUCUUGGCCAAUGUUUUAUCCUACAAUUCGGCCAUCAGUUCAUGCGAAAAGUCUGGCAAAUGGCAAGCUGCACUUCGUUUGCUGAGUGUGAUGCAUGACGCUUCACUGGAAGCCACAGUAGUGACUUACAAUGCCGCAAUCAGCUGUAUGGGGAAGGGUUCUGAAUGGGAACAAGCUGUGAUAAUCUUCAGCCAGAUGUGCUCUGCACAAAUCGAACCGGAUGUCACUAGCUUCGGGGCCAUGAUUCCAUUCGUGCGGAUCGAUCGAGCCUUACUGCUGCUGGAAACAAUGACACGGCACAAACUAUCCCCUGACUGUGUCACUUUCAAUGCAGCCAUCAGUUCUUGUGGCGACAACUGGAUGAAAGCCAUGGAAUUGUUGGAGGAGAUGAUCUGCAGAAAGAUUGAUCCGGACACGGUCACCUACAACUCUCUUAUCAGCUGUCUCAGUGAUGCCUUACUUUGGCAGCAGGCUUUAUUCUUGCUGAAAUCUAUGAAAGCUGCUGACCUGGUCACACGCGUCAGCUACAGACCGUGGCAUCCGGACAAGUUUGAACAGAAGUUCGGCAGGUUCCUGCCCAGCAAGGAGAAGGAGCGUGGUGCCAUUCUGGCUCGUGUCAAGGCACUGGCCCAGCAGCUGACAAAGCAGAUGGCACGGGGCCACAGGGAGUUGACCUUGGAGGGCGAGGCUAGCAGACAUGCACCUUUGGCCUCAUCAGUGAAGAUUUCUUCUCAUGACCGGGAGCGUGGUCUGGCCGAGAAGCUCAGCGCCCAGGCUGAGCUUCCUGAGACAUAG